AUGAAAGGCGGAGUCCGGAUCGCGCUCUGCGCUUCAAUACUACUCUUGUCAACGCUAUAUCUGUUGGAGGCGAAUCUUAAAGAUACGUGCAGCCGUCUUCGCGCCGGCGCAUAUGUAAUUGAUUGGUUGAGUCAUGUUACCAUCGUGCAACGACCUACAGCUCCUCAUGCUGUACCUGUGCUUGGUGACAAGGUGAUUGUGAUGGCUAGAUUGCGAGAAGAGCCCACGGGAUGGGUUCAGGAGGAGCUUCCUGAUUGGCAGCGUGCUAUUUAUACCGUCAACCCGACGGCCGAGGCUCGCGCUGAUCCUCACACCCUGACGACCCCCGUCAACAAAGGCCAUGAAUCCAUGGCCUACCUCACCUACAUCAUCGAUCACUACGACACCCUCCCCUCCACCAUUGUCUUCCUCCAUGCCCACCGCGCCGGAUUCUUCAUGGCAUGGCACACCGACGCCCCGCUCCACGACAAUGUCAACGCCAUGCGCAUGCUUCAAACCGACUUCAUCGAACGCAACGGCUACGUCAAUCUCCGCUGCAACUGGAACCCAGGCUGCAGGGAAGCCCACCGGUUCAACGCCCACGUCACCGACCAAAUCUGGUGGGAUGUCUUCGAGGGCACCAGCACGCCCCCGCUGAACGCAUCCUCGCCGGUGGACCAGUCAUUCGCCCACAUGAAAUACAUGCGCAAGCCCGAUCAGGUGGGCGCCGCGUGCUGUGCACAAUUCGGCGUGUCCAGAAGCCAGGUGCUGACUCGACCGCGCGACGACUAUGUCAAGUUCCGACAAUGGGUCAUCGAUACCGAGUUGGACGAUGCCACGUCCGGACGAGUAAUGGAGUUCCUGUGGCAUGUGAUCUUUGGCAUGAAAGCGGUGUAUUGCCCUGAUGAGGAACUCUGCUAUUGUCAGGUUUAUGGCAAGUGUUGA